AUGAGCUUAUCCAAGUCGGGUUUGGUCAAAGGUUUCGGAUGGUCUUUAGGUCCAGGUUUUCUAGCAGGAGAAGAGGCGAUAAGAUACGUGAGAGGUUCCCUGUUGUUAGCUAUGGCCAUCGUGUUUCCGAGUACUGUUUCGUUCCAGAUCGUUGACAAAGGCAGAGUACGGAGGAGGCAACAGAGGGUUCAAGACACCAGGAUCGAUAGCCCGAGCAUGAGAUACAUAUCUGCCGACAAUCCAGUCCACGUCGUCGUCAACGUCACUUUCCAAGGUAGACUGGUCGAGGGUCCUAGCAAAGGAAAUGAAGAGUUCUUGACCGCGUCGCCUAGUAAUACUAAUAGAAGGUUCCUCUUUGACCUUGCACCAUCGCCGGCACCCUCAAAUGGUAACCCUCACAGACCUCCCUCACUCACUAGAACCAAGCAGGAAGAUGACCUGGUCUGUCCAUACACCCUACGUCGACCGUCCACCCAUUACACGGUUGUGUUAGAUCAACUUCUGCUCACCACGGGAUCCACGACGAAGAGCUACCACGAGGACCUGCCCAAGAUCUUGAUGUCAAUGAACGGCGGUAGCCCGGUGGCGGAAAAAUUGGUUGGAUCGGAUGGAGAGGCAAGAACUUAUNAAUGUUGGGAGAGUACAGAUACUAUCACUACCCAGACCCGCUCCACCACCUCCAGCACCUUUGAAAUUGCCGAAGAAACGCAAGCGUUAGUUGCCCGCAUUGACUUGUCACGCAACUUGUGCGAGAAAAAGGACGCACGCAACUGGGUGCAGAAUAUCUACAAAGACAUUAUCGAGCCUCAAUCAAUAUACACUGAUUCUGGGCCUCAAAAUCAGGCGGUAAUGUGCCACCCUCCGGUCCAAAGUCUUCGCGCAGCCCUUGUCAGAUCGCGCAUCGUCCUCAGCCACUGA